AUGAAUGGACAUAAGGAAGUGGAGGUGUUUCCUAGUUGUACUCUUAACAUGAAAUUUUCUCCAGAAUUAGGCUCUUCCUUUUAUGUGGAUCAUCAAUUUGAUGUUUGUAGCACUGGUGGCAUAUCUCUGGAUGAUGAAUGUGGCUUAGUAAGGAAUAAGGAGCCUCUAGAUAAAGGGUUUUCUUUUGAUCAAGAGAGCUCUAAGUCUUGGGCAGAAGAGUCAGAAGAAUUGGAGGAUAAUAAGGCUUCUCUACGUGCUCAGGUGGUGGCAAAUUCUAUAGAUUCUAGUUCUACGUUGGAAUUUGGAGGUAAUGUUUCUAAAGUGCCAUAUUUUAAGUUCUUGGAUAUGUGGACUGAGGAUAACUCUUUUUUGGGCUGGAGUGCUGGUGUUGAGAGAACUGAAGUAGUGCAUCUGGCUUAG